AUGGCGUGCCCGUUCAUAGACGACGUAAUGGACGAAGAAGCACUAAUACUAAGAAGAGCUUUCCGACGAGAAAGAUUUUUUCGGGACCGGUCGGACCCUUUGGCUUUUGACGACAGCCAUCUGUAUGAGCGAUACAGAUUUUGUGGAGAUGGCAUACGCUUUCUGUGCAGACUGCUGGGUCCGAAAAUUCAGCACCGCACAACUCAGAACCAUGCCCUCACCAUCCCACAGACGGUGUGUAUAGGGCUACGGUUCUUUGCCAGUGGCAUAUUUUUAUAUGCAGUUGGAGAUGCCGAAAAUUUGAGCAAAGCCACAGUUUGCCGUUCAAUUAGACAAAUGUAUUUAGCGCUUAAAGGAUUCCUGAACAUCUUCAUCACCUUUCCUGGACACAAACGAACAUGCUUCAUUAAGGAGGAAUUCUACAAAAUUGCAGGUUUCCCUAAUGUGAUAGGUGCACUGGACUGCACUCACAUUAGAAUAAAACACCCCUCAGGUGUUCAUGAGGGAGACUUUGUGAAUAGAAAAUCCUACCACAGUAUCAAUGUUCAGAUGAUCUGUGAUGCUGACUGCACUUUCAGCAAUGUAGAGGCGAAGUGGCCUGGCUCGGUCCAUGACUCCAGAGUCUUUAGGGCCUCUACAAUUUUACAGCGACUUUCACAAGGGGAAUAUGCUGGUGUUUUGCUUGGUGACAAGGGCUAUGCAUGUCAGCCAUUUCUUCUGACUCCAUUUGCAGACCCCCAGACAGCAGCACAGCACACCUAUAAUCUUGCCCAUGCAAGAUCAAGGGCCCGCAUCGAGAUGGCAUUUGGCCUUUUGAAGUCCCGUUUCCAGUGCCUUCACCACCUAAGAGUCACCCCAGAGAGGGCCUGUGACAUCACGGUUGCCUGCACUGUCCUGCACAACAUCGCCUGCCUGAGAAAGGAAAGGGCUCCCAGAGUAGCCUUGGAUAUGGACUGGGACAAUGAAGCAAUAUUCCCAGACAAUGUCAAUGGCAGGCUGGUCAGAGACCAAUACGUUGCCAAUUACUUUUGAUUCCUGAGUUAUGUAUGUUUCAUUUGGCUUUUGAAGUGGACAUUU